UGAUUGCUCAGGCUUCAAAACAGACACGAGCUGUUAGACUAAAGUGCACGUGAUGCGCGCAGUCACAGCCGCUGUCACGUGACCAGACGGUGUUCAGCAGAACCCGCUUUGAACAUCAGAGUCCAGACUCUCGGUUUAUUACUCACCAAUAACAGUGCAGCACGGUGCUGUGGGGCGGACCCUCAGCAGCUGACGGUGUGCUCAGGAGGACAGGCGGGAUUUCUGUGAGCAGUUUCAUCGCCUGAUUGAAAUUCUGUUCCAGUUCCUCCUGGAGCCAAAAGAGGCAGAGAGGUUCAUGCAGCAGCUCACUGAGUUCGCGGGGGAACACGGGAUGAGUGCCGGGCCUCUGAGGAACCUGAUGAAGAGCGUCCUCCUGGUGCCUCAGGGAGCCCUGAAGAAAAACCUGACAGGCGAGCAGAUCAAAGAAGACCUCCUGACAUUAGGACUGAGCGAGGAAAAGUCGGCUCACUUCUCACUGCAGUGGGCGGAGCACUACGCAGCGCUGACCAGGCUCGCUGUCGGGCAGACUCUGAUGGUCAACCAGCUGGUUGACAUGGAGUGGAAGUUUGGAGUGACUGUUGGCACCAGUGAAAUUCAGAAAUUGGGCACAGUCUUUCUGCAGCUGAAGCUCGUGGUCAGAAAGGGGAAUUCCACUGAAAACGUCUACAUGGAACUGACGCUGCCUCAGUUUUACAACUUCCUGCACGAGAUGGAGCGAGCCAAAGCCAGCAUGGAGUGCUUCAGCUGAGCGUGCGUGUGUGUCAGUGUGUGUUGUCUGUACUGGUUGAAUUUGUGUGCGUGUGACAUUUUUACCUGAAAUGAGUCAAUAAACUGAGGAGUAACUUGUCAUUA